UCCGAUGUGGGCAUCUGAAACAAACAGUAAUUGAGAAAUUUAAUAUUUCAGGUUUCACAGUUUGGAAUUGGAUGAACCAUCUGGUAGUCAAUCACUCAACCCAAAACGUCCAAGUCAACUAGACAUAACAUAAAAAGAACCUGCCCCAAGAAAAAAGCGAUUAAACUUACAAAAAAAGCAAGAGAAACUAUUUGAUACUGCUCAAAAACUUCUUACCAUUACAGAUGAAUGGGAAGUCAUAGGAAUGGGCUAUGGUAUUCAAUUGAAAAAUUUAAGUAAACACCAGCAAGAUGUUGCAAAAAAAAUAAUAUCUGAAGUCAUUUUCUAUGGGCAACUUGGAAAACUGACAGAAGAAUCGUCAAUCUCUUUAAAAAACCAAUAUCAUUAUCCGUACAUUCAUUCAGUACCUAUUAAUACUCUUACUCCAUCUCCACAACAUCAUCCUACGCAUCUGCUCCUACUCCAUCCCCACAACAUCAAUCCUUCGCAUCUGCUCCUACUCCAUCCCCACAACAUCAAUCCUACUCUAUCCCCACAACAACAAUCCUACGCAUCUGCUCCUACUCUAUCCCUACAACAUCAAUCCUACGCAUCUGCUCCUACUCCAUCCCCACAUCAAUCCUACGCAUCUGCUCCUACUCCAUCCCCACAACAUCAAUCCUACGCAUCUGCUCCUACUCCAUCCCCACAUCAAUCCUACGCAUCUGCUCCUACUCCAUCCCCACAACAUCAAUCCUACGCAUCUGCUCCUACUCCAUCCCCACAACGUCAAUCCUACGCAUCUGCUCCUACUCCAUCCCCACAACAUCAAUCCUACGCAUCUGCUCCUACUCCAUCCCCACAUCAAUCCUACGCAUCUGCUCCUACUCUAUCCCCACAACAUCAAUCCUACGCAUCUGCUCCCACUCCAUCCCCACAUCAAUCCUACGCAUCUGCUCCUACUCCAUCCCCACAACAUCAAUCCUACGCAUCUGCUCCUACUCCAUCCCCACAACGUCAAUCCUACGCAUCUGCUCCAUUUUCUGUCUUUCAACCACGGGUUGUUUUUUAAACUCAGUACAA